AUGGACGAAUCCAUCCAUCCGUCGGCUCCAUGGCAGCCGUCCGGGGCAACCUCCCGCGGCAGCCUUGCCCCGCCCCGCGUCGCCGACGGCAUUGGAUCGAGUGGACAGGCGAGGGCGAAAAAAUGUUGCCGUCGCGUGAAGGUGGACUUGGACGACGACGCCCGCCACGACGCCCUUUUUUCAGCUUCAGGGACCGUCGUGCUUCCGGUCGACAAGCUGCCUUACUCGUGCUUGGACCCGUCCACUCGCCAUGUGGACUCUGUGUGGAGAGUGGCCAAUCGGUCCAUCCCUGUCCCGCAGAGGCACAUUGGACGAGAGGGCAUCCUCGUCCACUUCGCAGAACGCACCUGGGGCGAGGCCCGAAGGAUCGUGGAUUCCAUGGGUCGCGCGUCGAAACCUGCCGUCGGACGAACCGUUCGCGCGUCCUCGGUCGAGUCGGAAUAUCAGGCCUCGAACUCGACAGCCUCAUCCCUCUCUCGCUUCCCCCUCGAGCAGCCUGAGCAGCCGCCAACGAGCACCAUGGAGCAAAAGGCAGGCGAGAACGAAAAGAGCAUCGUGGCGGUGACGGCCGAGCAGGAUGCCGCCGCAGGCCACGAGCUCGCCGUUCGCAGCAGCGUUCACCUCGAUUCCGAGCCCGACGUCGACGCCGUCCCGGUCCAGGAGGUUGCGGUGAGGCGGAAGCGCGAGUCGCUGUCGGCCGUCUUCACCAUCUUCUGCUCCGGCUUCGCCCUCGUCUCCGACGGGUACCAGAACCACCUGAUGACCAUGAUUAACGUCCUCUUCCGGAGGGAGUACAGGGACGAGUACACGUCCUCGGUCAGCACGCGCGUCUCAAACGCGCUGCUCGUCGGCGAGAUCCUCGGACAGGUCGUCAUCGGCCUCACCUGCGACUACAUGGGCCGCAAGGUGGCCAUCAUCACCACCACCCUGCUCAUCGUCUUUGGCGGCAUCCUCGCGACGGCCUCGCACGGCGUCACCAUCAACGGCAUGUUUUGGAUGUUGACGGUCGCGAGGGGCAUUGUCGGUUUCGGUGCCGGCGGCGAGUACCCGGCCGCGAGCACGUCGACCUCGGAGGCGGCCAACGAGCACGCGCCGAGCAAGCGAGGGCCCAUCUUCAUCCUCGUCACCAACCUGCCCCUCUCCUUCGGCGGUCCCCUCGCCGUCUCGACCUUCCUCAUCGUCCUCUCGGCCUUUGGUAACAACAACCUGACGGCCGUCUGGCGCGUCUGCUUCGGCAUCGGCGUCGUCUUGCCCCUCACCAUCUUCUACUUCCGCGUGCGGAUGCUCAACUCGAAGCUCUACCGCAAGAGCGCCAUCAAGCGCAAGGUCCCCUACGGUCUCGUCGGCCGCUUCUACUGGAGGAGGCUCAUCGGCACCUGCGGCGCCUGGUUCCUCUACGACUUCGUCACCUACCCGAACGGCAUCUUCUCCGGCACCAUCAUCUCGAGCGUCGUCAACACGGCGUCGGAGAACAUGCUCCGCAACACGGCCGAGUGGCAGCUCCUCCUCGGCGCCAUCUCCCUGCCCGGCGUCUUCCUCGGCGCCUUCCUCUGCGACCGUCUCGGCCGCAAGAACGUCAUGAUGCUCGGCUUCUCCGGCUACCUCGUCUUCGGCCUCGUCAUCGGCCUCUCGUACGACAAGAUCGUCACCAUCACGCCCCUCUUCGUCAUCUUCUACGGCCUCAUGCAAAGCUCCGGAAACCUCGGCCCCGGCGACAUGCUCGGCCUCAUCUCGUCGGAGAGCUACGCGACCAGCGUCCGGGGCACCUGCUACGGCCUCAGCGCCGCCAUCGGCAAGACGGGCGCCGCCGUCGGCACCCAGGCCUUCCGGCCGAUCCAGGAAAACCUCGGCAAGCGGUGGACGUUUAUCAUCGCCGCCAUCUGCGGCGUCGUCGGCGUCAUCGUCACCUACUUCUUCAUCCCGGCUCUGACGGGCGAGGAUCUGAGCCACGAGGACGACCGCUUCCGCGCCUUCCUGGUCGAGAACGGCUGGGAGGGCGAGAUGGGCCACAAGGACGAGGACGAGGAGCACGAGCUCGACGCCAAGGUCGUCAGCGACGACGCCGGAGAGAAGGGCGAGGUUGCCCAGUAG